CCUUGGGCUCAGAAGCCAAUGAUGGGUUUUGCAGUUGCAAUUAUCGCCGCAUACUCGAAGCCUUCAACCGAUACAGUUGGAACUGUGACGUCCAUGAUGACCAUGAUUCAAAGCAGAUACGACGACGCCGAGCCUUGGUGUCGUCAGCUCCAUCAGCGGGGCGUCCCCACGCUACUUCUCUAUGGUAAACGUGACAAGCUGAUAGACGUGGCGAUCUCGGAGGAGAUGGCCGGUUACCUCGGCAAUCCACACAAGGAUACGUAUUACUUGUACUCGGGCAAAGACGACACCGAAGCUAUUAUGACCAGACAGGGCGUUUCAAACUAUAAGCUUCCCGAGGUGGUUUGUUUCGAACAUGGAUCACACUUCGCCUUCCGGAAGUUUCCCGAAACUUACAAUUUUCAUGUGGCCAAUUUCUUACAGAGACAUAUCCGCGAGACGCUCAAUAAGUGAGCAUGGUAAAUAUACUGUGUCCUGUAAGAUUUUGCGACGUAUGGCCUAGCGAUCAGCCGGCAGCUUUCUUUCGUAUUGGUCAAGCUAUCAGCAUGGAAUCGAUGACGCCUCAGUUUUAUUCACAUAGACGAUGCACGCCAAUUUUCGUUUCCUCGCGGUUCUCUAGGUGAAGUGUAUUAAUUGUUGCAGUGAAUCACUAGUAAACUUUUCAUUAGCGAACAGAAUGGAACUGAAGAAUUAUAAAUGCCCUAUAUACAGGCAUAUUUGACGCUUAAGAUGGAGGCGCAACGUAAACGUGUUUUCGGUAGUAAAUGCAUAGAUGUUAAUCCCUGUGGGUGUACGAGCGCUCCGGUACGAGUGGGUUACCACGCAAGGUACAGAUGAUGAAAAAGAAGGGUGAUGAUGACAAUUUUGGGCAUGAGGCAGAGAAAAAAAGACGCAAGUUCUACAGUAGUUGGUUGGUUGGUUGGUUGGUGGCGAAUGGUCGGAAAUAAACAAAUCAAUUGUUUGUUCACCUGCGAAGAUUUCUCUAGUUCAAAAUGUAUUCCACUUCUCGAAUGGAUAUGAUAAUGUAAUUGUCCUUCUUUCUACUUUAAUCUGUGCUGGAUUUACUGAACGAUCUCCGGAGUAGUCUAGAAACACCUGACUGUACGUUAGUCAAAUCGGCAAACUAAUUGUGAUAAAAAGGGUCUAUUCGAUUUGGUCCUAAUCGAAAAAUCAUAUGGUUACCAUACGAGUAGACAGCCGACCGAAAUUUCCUGCAAUCGUUUAGCUGCCCAUACGUAACCUACAACUGUGAAAUACAUAAUUAUUAUAGAAAUGAUAUAUACAACACCCAAAUACUCUGCUUUUAGUAUCUGCCCUCAUUGUGGUGUAGUAUUACUGCAAUGUACACAAUCUUAACGUUCUAUAAAAAUCACCAUCUAUUUUGGCGGUACCUAUAAAACAAAAAACACACGGCUAUAUUAUUCUAUAGCAUAGUAGGUAAUCAUUUAGGAGUACAAAUAAUAAGCAUAAAGAGUCCAGUCCAUUUUCCGACACCCACUGGCUACUUGUCGCGUGGCAUUACAUUAUCACGUCUAUUCGAAUGUAUUCAAGUAUAAAAAUGUCACCGAGGCGCCAGUGGGGGUAUUUGAUAAACCUGGAUGAGCGAUAAAAACCCGAGUGUUUCAAAAUAAAACGGAAUGAGGAAAAGGCCGCUGUUUCUCUGCGACCUGUGUGAUACUAUUAUCCCGUAUAUGCUGUAAGGCAGCCAUUUAAUAAAUACACACAAUGAUAAUCAUUAAAUGGCGUCUAUCUAUCGAUGACGACCUAUCGAUCUAACGAUGAGAACAACUGUCACCUGGCAACGUUUGCUAUUUUCUGUUGAUAUGUUAUAUAUCAAAUAGAGAUAUUUUAUUAGCUUUAGUGUGUUGUCCAUUUAUAUAUGGUUGCUGAUUGUGCGUCUCUCUAACCGGUGAAUACCAAAGGGCCUUUUUUCGAUUCGUCUAUGUUUCUUUCGACGUCGGCGAUAAACCAACACGAUCCACGUUAAUCUAUCAGAUAUGAACCGAUAACCUAUGAACUCCAUUGUGGACGAGCAAAAAUCAUUCUACCUUACUUAUAUCCUUCUAAUCGUAACAAAUGAUCCUGCUAUUGGUAAAAUCGUGGUUGACAACGUCAAUAUUUACAGACCUUGGGCUAUCUAGCGAACUGUCAAUGGAGUCACUUUUGUGUCGUACUUUCAUAUUGCCCGUAUGGAAUAAUACGUCAGGGGCACAAUGUCACCCGUGAUUUAACAUGGUAUGUUAGUAUAAUCUCUUCAAAUAUUUAGUAAGGCUUGCGUUUGUACCACAUAAAUAUUUGCUUGACACAGCAGUCAGUAAUGUUUAUUGGGUUGUUGUGCUUGGGUCAGUUUCGUCUUCAUAGUUUUCAGAUACGGUUGUCAGACAUUUGCACCGAGGGGUUACCUACCGAGAAGUUAGGGCCAGUCACGUAGCAAGGUUCUUCAUAGUAUCCUCUGUAAAGCAUUAACAUUCCUGAAAACUAUCCGAAACAUGGAAGCUUUUUGUAUUUCCUGUUUCGAAUUUCGCGGAAUUUCGUUUGUAUGGGUUUUGCAAUACUAAAUACUUUUCACAUAUCCCGAGUUCGUCACAGCGACACUAGCGGCAGAAGCCUACUUCGUUUAUAUUCGUUCCUAGCGAAUCGUAACCUUAUAGCAUAUUUCAAAUGAAUUUUAUGGGAUCGGUAUCAUUCGGUUUCUACCGGGUUGUGCUCUUAGUAAUGUCGAGUUGUCAACCUAACAAAGGACUCAGUGUUUCAUUUAAAUACUAGAACAGGCUCCCACUCAAGGCUUUGUAGUAUGGUUUUAACAAAAUUUGCCGUGUGUGGCCUGGUACCGUCGUAGAGAAGGGAUAUUUUUUCAUAUUAUUAACCCCGGAUUGCUUCGACAGCUUCCUGUCGAAGGUACCGAAAGUGCGCGUUUUCUCUACCAAACAUCAACUCUGUUUGAAGCUUGAACACAAACUGAAAUCACAGCACAAUGAAAGUACAACAAACUCCCGGAAGAGACAUGGUUUUCGAAUUGUAUAUUAAGUCAACGAUAAGUAGUAAAGAAGAAUGCAGAUAUUAAGUAAUUUGCCACAACUUGUGGUCCAAUUUAGAAACCUAUAUCUACCUAUUAUAAGUGCAUAUCAUCUAUUCGAACUUGUCUAAGUGAACCUGAAAAUUGUUGUAGUAUAGCUAACAGACGCUUUUUUGAUUUUCCAGAAUAUGUGCCCAGCUAGAAAUACGUUACGUGUCAGCAACGCGUGUUUACAAACUAGUUAGGUUCUCUCCGAUAUGUACGGUGGUGUGGUAAACGUGUUUAUGUCUAUGGUGUAUGCGGUUUUCGUAUUGUACUAAUGUGCUUCAAUAUGUUUUUUAUGAAAGGGUUUUUUUGGUAUGUUUUAUGAUUGUACGUAGUGCCUUUUGUGCCUAACCAUAAAUGAAUGAGCUUUGUUGCUAAGUUGGAGCUGUCGCGCUCGGAAUCAAGAUUUUCCAAAAAUUGUAACGAUAUCAAACUUACAUUUGUGUGCUUCGUUCUUUUCAAACAUAAAUCCAUGGUAGGCACCUCAUUUGGUAUGGUUGACGUUCUGAAAUUUUGAACACUUCACGCAGGUAAUCGACAAGUCCGCCGUAGUCAACAAACGUCGUCGUACUGUAUCUUUACAUAGUAUAACGCCUGGAACUAAGAGAUCUUGAUAUCACUUCAACUUUUGCCCAAGUUCUGGCAAACCAGAUAUCGACGGCUUGUCGGAAGAACGCGCACAGUAUUUAUUCAUUUCCAGUAAUUUAGGCAUAGUAUAUGUAAUUAACACUAAUCUGAUCUCUGUUGCAUUGCCCAAAUUUGACCCAUUUAUGCCGAUUGUGUCCUCAUACUCAAAAACCUACUCGUUCUAUCCGGGUUACAGAAGAACGCCGCAAUUUUGGCCUAAAAACGGAUCCUAUCCAGAUUUGGCGUUAUCUCAGCGGCCUAUUUACUUGCUAUGGCCCUUAUUUACCCUGACAAAUCAAGUGUGGGAUGGUAUUUUAUAUCACUGUGAUUCUCUUAUCUUCUUUGACAUUUGAUUUUUUAACUGUUUUUAUAACUUGUUUCCGGAAUACCUCCUAUACCUUCUUUGAGUUAGCCAAAACUCCGGUCGAGACUAUUUCGAAUUCGUUUAAAUUCCAUCUUCCCUGUCAGUUAUCAUGAUUUUAUAUUCGAAUAAAUACUACUGAAUACUUUUGGUAUCCCAGUCA